UUUCUUAAAGCCUCGGUCACAUGAUCCUGAUGUCAGUCUUUGCAGCAGCGGCGGCGGUGAUAAAGUGUUAGCGGCGAGCCCGAAUUAACCUCACGACCUGCACAUACGAAUACAAAAACUAACCUGAACCGUCCGCCUGUUUUUUUUUGUUGCCAAAGAGCGGCUUUAUCUCCCCUCUAGCUGUUGUUGUGACGCUAGCUAACGUUAGCCUCGCUAAGCUAGCACAACAUCACCUAGUUAGCUAACAAGCUGCGCCCUGCCACAGCCUCUCAGUCUCUCUGCGUGUGAGUCUGUUGUUGUGUUGCUGUGAUUUCGGUCUGAGCACUUCGGAGAGAAAAACAUGAAGCAGAUGUGUUGUGUCCAGUCAUGGUGCCUGGGAGUUACGUUACAGCUGAUUUUAGCUGCCGUCCUGCACCAGGGAUCUGCGACUGUUGCUCCGCCAACAACUGCCCAAACCACCACUGCACCGCACAAGGAGCCCACCAGACCUGAAAGAGGAACCUACCACGUCAGCGGCAACAAUGGCACUGUCUGUUUAAUGGCGUAUAUGGGUCUGCAGCUCAACAUAACCUUCAACUCUGUCUCCCAGAACAAGACUGUGCAGGAAGUUGUGAACAUUCAGCCAAAUAUGACAAAGAGCUCUGGAUCAUGUCGCUCAGAGAAUGCCUCCCUGCUGCUCACAACAGAUGCAGAGAAGACCAACCUCACCUUUGUUUUCACCCUAAAUGCUACGUCCAGUAAGUACCACCUGAGUGAGGUGUAUCUGUCAGCAGCCUGGCCAGACAUGAAAGAGCCCUUCUUUGUCCAAAACCGCAGUCUGGACUACCUGCGAGGCACCCUGGGGUUCUCCUACAUGUGCCGCGAGGAGCAAACUCUGAUUGUGGACCCGAAGUUGUCCAUCAACACCUUCCAGGUGCAGGUGCAGCCCUUCAAUCUCACUGGGGAGCAGUUUGGAGCAGCUGAGGAAUGCCAGUUGGAUGAAGAUGACAUGUUGAUCCCCAUCAUAGUUGGAGCAGCUCUAGCUGGUCUCGUUCUCAUCGUCCUCUUAGCCUACCUCAUUGGCAGGAAGAGGAGCCACGCUGGCUAUCAGACCAUCUGAGCUCCCUCGUCACGCUCGUGUUCCCCUGAGGCCAGAGUACUCUAUCCCACCCUGAGAUUAACCUCUGUUUUAUGAGACUUAACACUUCCCCUCCACCUGUGCCCCAUCUAUCCCUCCAUCCCUCUUCUCUCUGCCUCUGUGUGUGCUGUUCUUCGCCCUCAUCAGUAACACUGGUCAUUAUAUCACUUUGUGGAGGUUGAUAUGCUCUUUCUGAACUGACCUGCUCUUUCAUUAAAAAUAGGGGGGGGGACUUUGUUUGGAGAUGAAGAAAACUCUUUACUGGUACUAUGUUAAAAGGGGGGAUGGAUGUUGAUCAGAGGGUCCAUGAGAGUCCUCAAAACUGUAAUGUACUAUUUAUAAUUUCUAUGAAAGGAAUUUUGAGGGAUUGUGGGAUAUGCUGCUGUAGCUUUUCUUAUUGUUUAUCUGCGUUUGGGUGGACCAUUUUUUUAGUGGUCUUACCCUUGAUGAGGUUCAUCAUUGUAAAGGGAAUUUUUCAGGCUGUUUAACUUGAUCUGCUUCAGACAGUAAAGAUCUGAUAGUUUAUCACUGUAACUCUGCAUUCAGCCCAAGUGUGCAGAUUUUAGGAAUCAGACUACAAACACAGAUAUGUGAGGAGUCCUGUAGUUACGAUGCAUGUAGGGAUUUGUUUUGUCUACUUGGAUUGGUGAUGACAUGUCAUUUCCCCCUUUAAGGUUCUCAAGACGUUUUGUAUGGAGACUGUAGAUGCAGUCAUUAGCUUUUUGUGUGGGCAUUUUGGCCUUCUUUCCACUUCAUUUAAAGGAAUAGUUCAACAUGCUGAGAAAUUGACAUUUUCUUUCUUGCUGAGAGUAAGAUGAGAACAUCGAUCCAGUCUCUUACUUGCUAAAUAUGAAGCUAUAGCUAGCAGAAGGUUAGCUCAGCUUAGCUCACAGAAAGGGUUAUUUUUACAUUUAGUUACCGUAUUUGUUAGCUUUAGAGCUGCUGGCAGGCAGAUUAUGUUACCUUUGAGCAGAGCUAGGCUAGCUGUCGUACUUUGUUGAUAGUCUUCAUGCUAAGAUAAGUUAACUCCGAGCUUGCUCCUGGCUGUAUUUUCAUUAUGGUCAAUGAGGACAUUUCCCAAAAUGUCAAACUAUACCUUUAAAGGGAUACUACAACCAAGUUUACACAAUUCGGUGUGUUAGUGGGUUGUGGGAAGAACUGCUGCAUAUGUGAAUGAACAAGCUGCAUUUAGUCUGAUGAAUUACCUCCUGUGAUGUCAUUGUGAUGUGGCCAAGAUAUUGAUUAUAUCGGUAUUUGAUCAGUUGCUUUUAAACUUUAUGUUAUGCGUCCAGCAGUGUUAGGCCAGUGGACUGCUUUUUUCACACCUGGCGCCUGCCCUUACCCACAAUGCAACAUCACCACAGAGUGGUAAUUUAUCAGAUUACAUGCAGCUUCCUCUGGAGCCACUAAAGGCUUUAUACUUCUUUUUCCCAUGCACAGUAGUUCUCCCCCCAAAAAUAAUGUGUCAAAUCAGUGGAGUUGUCCUUUAAGUGAUAGUUGCCACUCUUUUGGAUUUUGCUGUUACAAUAUACACGCACACAAGCAUAGUUGCUUAAACAAUCUAAAAAAAGAAAGAAAUGGUGCUGUUGGUUUAGUUGGAUGAAGAAGCUCAGGACAUCACUGUCUGAACAUGAUUAUGUUUUUGUUUUUAGUCCUCUGGGUGGUUUUUCUGUUCAUUCCUGGGUCCACUUUGGAUUUUUGGUUUGUGAAGGGAAAGAAGUUGCACUAAAGUCCUGAGAAACAGCCCCGUGUAAUGAUUUAAGUGGCCAAAACACUCUGGUCAGUGUUCAUCAGUGCCUUCCCAGCUGUAACAUAGGUGGGAUUAAAGUAAAGCCAAUACCACACUCACUCACUGACACUAUGUGCUGUCAUGUCUGGGACAUUUUCUUUUUGUCUCACAAAGCCUUCAUGUACUGUUACUACCAUAAACAUGCAUUAUUAGAGAAAGUGUUUUUUAUUUUUGUUUUUGUCCUCCCUCAUCUAAAUCUCCAUGUAGUGAUUUAAUAAAGUUUUAAUGGAUUUGUUUGAGCUGUUUUCUAAAGGAGAGGUCAAUAAAAGUGAAUGAACGGA